UUUGGUCUCUUUGAUCGGUUGUUAUCCUUCAGAAGUGUGUGUAUAUUUAUAUAUGGGCUUAUUUUUAUAUGUAUGGAUGUAUUAAUUUUACCAUAAGUGUUGCUAGCUUUUGGAGCUAGAGCUAAUUUUUGAAUUUUUGCUAAUCUUUGACUAAACACUGGUAUAUACUAUAUACUUACCUACACAUUAUGUAUUUACAAUAUACUAUAACUGAUAGCUGGAGGCAGUGGAGAUGUUUUAUUACAUCCUGAUAAUUUAUUAACUUUUAGCCUAUUUUCCAGUAGCACAUACGCCAUUUUUCCUUCUGUUUUAAUUGCUGGAGCUUUUCAUAUGCAUUCAUAUUUAAGUAUUUUGUAUUUAAAACAUGGGUACUGUACGUGAGUCCUCUUGAACAGUGCAAUAAAACUCAAACCCUGUGUGAUAGUAAGCACAUUAAAUCUCAGUGUGUGCUAUCAUAUGCAAACCACACAUGCAAAUCUGCCAAAGUUAAAUUAUGCCUUAGAGCAUUAAAUGCCAACAUUUGCUCGCUGUGAUCAACCCAGUGUCCACAAAGACGCUCCAACACCAGGCCUUCCUUAUUUGAGUGAUUACUAUGGCAACAAAUGUGUUCAUCAACAAUCAGCAGCCUCAGCCUCCGACUCUGGUUGCUGUCCACUCUAAUCAGUGGAGCACCGGCAUCUGCGACUGCUGCAGUGAUUUAGAUGUUUGUUGCUUUGCCUGCUGGUGUUUUCCCUGCUUCACCUGCAGCACCAUGUCUACGUUUGGAGAGAACUUCUGUCUCCCCCUGCUGGAUAUGAUGCUCAGCACCCAACCAUGCACUCCCCCCGUGUCUAUGUCCAUGAGAGUUGCUGUGCGCAGCCGCUAUGGAAUCCAGGAAGACAUGACAAGUGACUGUAUGUAUGCUACUUUCUGCAACACCUGCUCGUGGUGCCAGAUAGCCAGAGAGAUCAAGAGACGCAAACAGACUCUCACAAUCAUCAAUGCCCAGCCAGCGUACAUGGGUGUCCAACAGUAUGUAAUGAACGCCCAGCUCGGAGCUGUCACAUCUCAGCCAAUGAUCUCAGCUGAGGUCCUGACCUCCAGGGCCAUGUAACCACUUGUUUGCUUUUAAUU